AUGUCUCCCCAUCGUGCCUUGGAAAGCCUCGACAUCCUCGAAGAAAUCUUUCAAUACUACUCUCCUGCUAACAUGUGGGAGAUUGAGAAUCGCCGGGACCUGGCAAGAGCUGCACGGGUUUGUAGGGCGUUUGCAGAUCCUGCGUUGAAUGUUUUGUGGCGAUCUUUGGAGGAUAUGCUUCCAGCAUUAAUGCUUUUCCCCUCAUUCUCAAUCAGCAUGGUUGCCGAUGGGAACGGGAAGGACAAGCGUGAGAUAAGCCUUGGCGAGAUAUCCCAGGCUGCUUGGGAACGGUUCCUGCAGUAUGCGAAGCGCGUCCGGGAGCUGUCUCUAACCACCACUGGCAUUUUGUCAAGUGCUCCAAGUUGUGUUCUGGAACAACUCGCUCAGCAUAACAAUGGCCAAGCGUUGUUUCCGUGCCUUGAAGAAUUACUGUGGAUACAACCUUUGCGGUCCAGCACGGGCAUUCUCCACCUUAUUGCACCGUCCCUGCAAAUUCUGUCGAUACGCAAUGAAGUUCCCACACUUCUGAUACCUACCAUAGGUGGGGAGGAGAAGGAUAAACUCGGGAAGGAUGAACAGGUCUUUGAAGAUGUGCUGAAAAGCAUCUUCUCUCGAGUAUCCUAUCUGCAAACCUUGGCGUUAACUGGCACCUUUCACCCUUUGUUGCUGGUGCCGAUAGGCAUGUGCAAGUCUCUGCGCGAAGUCUCUAUAUCGAGGGUUUCAAGGGAUGUCAAUCUUCAGGGCAUAAAGGCCCUUGCCUCCUUGCCACACUUAGUCAAGUUGCUUAUCUCCCCCCCCUUAACAAUCGGCGAAAUCACCGAUUGCAAGGGCUUUCCUGUGCUGGAGGUCCUGAACAUACGCAGCGGGUCAUCAUCCACCGCUGUUACUCGCUUCUUGUCAAUGAUCCUCUCCCCAUCCCUCCAUGAAUUGAUAGCAUCUAUAACUGCAGAUGUUGAUGCACAGAUUCGCCCUGUGCUCUCACUCAUAGCCUCGAAAUUCCCUUCGCUGCGCGAACUUCAGUUUGGCGUCAUUCAUCCUGGUGUAGAACGAAUAUCGUUUUCAGGGGCGUUCAAGCCGGUCAUGUCAUUGCGAAGUCUUCGCAUUGCAAAUUUUGGCGUCUCCUCCUCUAUGUCAUUGUCAGCCGAGCAGCUUGUUGAUGCGGCGAGUGCCUGGCCUGAUGUGGAGGAGCUCAGCAUAUCAAGUACGAUGCUACUGCAAGGCGAUGACCCCUCAAUCGACGCUGUGCAUGUUCUAACAGAGAUUUCACGGCUCUGCCUGAAAUUGGAGAGCCUUAAUAUACCUUAUCUUGACUACCAAAAUCCUCCUUCAGUAAAUGCGCACAUCGCUGGCCCGGGACAUGGUCUGCGCGACCUCGAGAUGAGCGAUUAUUCAAAUCGGACGAUCACCGACCACGCGCGGGUGGCACACUUCCUGGACAGUGUAUUCCCGCAACUUGCCAUUGACAGCGCGCUAAGGAUGCUCAAGUGGCCGAGGCAGAAUGCCACUGGUACUGGGGCCAACUGGGAACGGGUGCUGGAGCUGAUGAAGGAGCUUCGUCGGGAGAGAGAGCUCACCGGGGAAAAUUGA